GGCCGCGUGACGCGUUUUCAAAUCUUCAACCGCCGCAGCCCACUCGUUUGUGCUUUACCUCUUCCUCCUCCGCGCCUUGGAGCCGAACCCGGCCCCGGAAACCCGGACGGUAGACGCGGCAUCUCUGCUGCGUGGGUGUGGUAGUCUGCGGAAGGGAAGAGGCGACCCGCGGAUAAAUCGGCCUCGACGCGCUGUGCUUUCGUGGCCGCCCGGCGCGACACUCUCCCAAACCCAGUAUGUAGGUGCCGGGCGGCUGCCAUGAACUCCGUAGCCAUGAGGAUCCACAGCAAAGGACAUUUCCAGGGUGGAAUCCAAGUCAAAAAUGAAAAAAACAGAUCAUCUUUAAAAUCUAUGAAAACUGAUAACAAACCAGAAAAAUCCAAAUAUAAGCCACUAGGGGGAAAAAUAUUUUACAUUGACUUACCUUCUGUCACCAUAUCUGAAAAACUGCAAAAGGACAUUCAGGAUCUGGGAGGGCGAGUUGAAGAAUUUCUCAGCAAAGAUAUCAGUUACCUUAUUUCAAACAAAAAGGAAGCUAAAUUUGCACAAACGUUGGGAAGAAUUUCUCCUGUACCAAGUCCAGAAUCUGCAUAUACUGCAGAAACCACCUCACCUCAUCCCAGCCAUGAUGGAAGUUCUUUUAAAUCUCCAGAUUCAGUGUGUUUGAGCAGAGGAAAAUUAUUAGUUGAAAAAGCUAUCAAGGACCAUGAUUUUAUUCCUUCAAAUAGUAUAUUAUCAAAUGCCUUAUCAUGGGGAGUAAAAAUUCUUCAUAUUGAUGACAUUAGAUACUACAUUGAACAAAAGAAAAAAGAAUUAUAUUUACUCAGGAAAUCAAGCACUUCUGUAAGAGAUGUGGGGAAAAGAGUAGGUAUUGGUACACAGAAAGCAAGAACAGGUAGACUUAAAAAACCUUUUGUAAAGGUGGAGGAUAUGAGCCAACUUUAUAGACCAUUUUAUCUUCAGCUGACCAAUAUGCCUUUUAUAAAUUAUUCUAUUCAGAAGCCCUCCAGUCCAUUUGAUGUAGAUAAGCCAUCUAGCAUCCAGAAGCAAACGCAGGUUAAACUAAGAAUCCAAACAGAUGGCAAUAAAUGUGGAAUCCCAAUUCAACUCCAGUUGAAAGAGAAGAAAAAAAAAGGAUACUGUGAAUGUUGCUUGCAGAAAUAUGAAGAUCUUGAAACUCAUCUUCUAAGUGAGCAACAUAAAAACUUUGCACAGAGUAAUCACUAUCAAGUUGUUGAUGAUAUUGUAUCUAAGUUAAUUUUUGACUUUGUGGAAUAUGAAAGAGACAUGCCUAGAAAUAAAAGAAUAAAAUACAGUAUUGGAUCCCUUUCUCCUAUUACUACAAGUAUCUUGAAAAGGUCUGAACCAAAAGAAAAGCUAGAAUUGCAACAUACUUCUCACAAAGACUUCAAGGAAAAUAAUGUACAGGUAGUUGAGCAGCGUUUCCUGUAUAAAGAAGUCCAGGAACCUGAACGGAAGUUUGUGUUUAUUUCAGAAUGCAUCCCCUGCCCUUCAAGUGAAUUGAGAGGACUCGAUGAGAAAGCAAAUAGUAAAUGUUCCAAGUUAAAUCCAGUUGAAAAUGACCUAAAACAAAAUUUUACACAUCUACCUCCACGUAAAAAUAAACAGGGAUGUAUUCUUGACAUUUCUGAACAUAAAUUAAUGAUAAAUGAAAGUGACUUAGAAGAACUAAGUGUAGAUCGCUGUCCAUGUAGGCUACAGACAUCUGUACAAGUUUCUAACGUCAGUAUGGAUAAUACUGCAUCUCAACCAAAACAAAAGUCAGAUACUGUGCUUUUUCCAGCAAAGAAUGUGAAGGAAAAGGACCUUCAUUCAAUAGUUGGUCAUGAUUCUGGUCUGUUAGCAAUAAACAGUUCACAGGAGCACCUAACAGUUCAGGCAAAGACUCCAUCCCAAAGUCCCCCUGAGGAACCCAGUGAAUGCAACUUCAACAAUGUGGAUAGUUUACCUUCUGGUAAGAUCCAUCGGAAAGUGAAAAUAUUAUUAGGAAGAAAUAAAAAAGAAAAUCUGGAACCAAAUGUGGAAUUAGAUAAGAAAAGAACUGAAUUUAUUACACAAGAAGGAAACAGAAUUUGUAGUUCACCAGUACAAUCUCUACUAGACUUGUUUCAGACUAGUGAAGAGAAGUCAGAAUUUUUGGGUUUCACAAGCUACACUGAAAACAGUGGUAUAUGUGAUGUUUUAGAUAUUUGGAAAGAAGAAAAUUCAAAUAAUUUGUUGUCAGUGUUUUUCUCUUCCCCUUCAACUUCUACAUUUACUGGCUUUUAGACUUGAAAUAAAUACUUUUCAGAAGUGAUGAAGAUCAUAUUCUUGAAAAUUUUAAUAAUGUGUAUGAGAAUGCUUGGUUUAUUUUCUUUUUGCCAACUUUGUUUACAGAACUAAGUGUAAAUAUUAACAAUAAAGGUGAUGUUUGCAUUUUUCUACAGAAUUGGAUACCUUUUAUAGGAAAAUUGUAGAAUAAACUUGUGACUUAUUUUACACACUAUGUUUUAAGAAUUAUGAAUAAUGUUUUAUGUCACUGAACUUAAAGUGAAAUUUGGGGUAUAUUAAUAUUUAGCAUUAUAUAUUUGGAUAGUCUAGUUCUUUCCAAAGGCUAUUAAAAUAAGAUUCCCAUGAUAACCUGAGAAUAUUGCUUUUAAAAACCUAAUUUUCACACAAAAGGGAAAAACCGUAUUAAUUUCUGUGUUUGGGUUUUGGAAGUCAUUAUUACUUGAUACUGACCUACGUGGACCCUGCUCAUGUGUUGGCACCAAGGAGUUAGGUUAUUUGAAGAGAUAAAUAGAAGCCAUAAAGGAAAAACUUAGCUAAACUACUAUAUGGAAUAAAUUUCCCAUUGUUGAUUAUUCACCUUUAGAAAGAUUUUCUUCCAAAAUGACUCAUUAUCCCCUAAUUUGGUAUCAGGAAAUGAAAGAGGGAGGAUGGCAUUGAAUUAUAAAUAAAAGUAUUGAAGCAUUGUGAAGAUUGCCUUUGAUUGGGCACUUAGCAACUCAAUAAUUGAGGGGGAAAAAAUAGUCAAAUACAAGAAAAAUUUCAACCAUUCAAUCUUUAGAUGGUAGAGGUGUUUGUCUUUGAGUGUGUUCUUCCAGGAGAGGCAUUUACAGCUAAUGACAUUUUCACAAUAAAAGUUGGUGCCAUUGAAUAUUUUUGAAUAUAUUGUCAUUAAAAAUUAACUUUGAUUACCAGUCUUAAUUAUUUGAAACCCUGUAGGGUUCCUAGUGUAUUCGUUUAUAUGUUCUGAUGUGUGUGUUUUGACUGUGUGGAAAGUGUCAGUGAGAAAUAGUAGCUUUUCAUCACCUUUUUGGUCUUUCUGGUACCUUAAGUAAGUAGGAUCACUGAAAUACUCUUUUACAGUGCAUUCAUGCACCUUGUUUUCAUUGUAAAUUACUAUAGCAUUUUCUGUCACAAAUGCAUGUGUGUGUAUGUAAAUCUAUGUCAGAUUUUAUAGAUAGCCUUCUAAAAACCUAGAUGAAACUUGGGAAAUUAUUUGUAGGAGGUAUUUUUUUCUCUUAAUUUUCCAAAUAAUUAAAAGGUAUUUAAACUUGCUUUAUGAUCCUUAGACUUUAGAGUGAUAGUCGCUUCAAUUUGCAGUGGCCCUGUUUGCCUUAGUUGUAUCUAAUAAGGAGUAAAAGACUCGAACUGAACCCUUCCAGUAGUUAAAAGUGUUAAACUUUAUUUUGACACCAUUUUUGAACUAUUAUUUUGAACACUGGGCUUUAAGAUACUGUCCUCCAAGAUCUUCAUAAUGAGUAUGUCAGGUUUUAAGAAAUGCUCAAAUUCUGUGUGUGGGUAACAGGACCACCACAUAGAAUUUGUGUGAGCUGGGCAGUGCAGAUGGGUGCCCAACCAAGGGGAGGGUGGCAGGUAGUAAUUGAGCCUCCAGUAUGCAGUAAGUAGUGUGUAUGAGGUAGCAGCCAUGUAGAAGUAUGAAUACUUUCUCUCUUAACUUUAACCAAGGCAUGGUCACCUGGCCAAGGUGCCUUUGCGGUUGUGUUUACUUAACUAUGGUUUGGUUCCCAGAUGUGUUCCCAAAAAGACACUUAAUUUUUAAUGUAGCAAGGCAUCUUAAGAAGGAAGCUUCAAAUCCUCAGCAGGGUAGAUAGAAAACUUGGUUUGCUUGAUAAAAAGUGACAGCCUCCGCCAAAAGCAUCUAGACAAACAAAUCCCAGCAAGUACAUGAUAAGUUUAAUUCUUUGAUAACAAGAGCAUUGAAGUGGAAAGGUGUGAAGGGAAAAAAAGGCACCCUAAUUAGCUUUAGCUGUGGGCAACAGUGCAGCUUUCAAAGUUGGUGGCUCUUUUUCUAGGAGUAACUAGAAACAGCAGCAGUAAAGACAGUGUGAUUUUGUGACUUAAAAUGAAUGUUUAAUUUUCUGAGGUAACAAGCAGUUCUAGCAAAGGUGUAUUUUACAUGUCAGUAGAAUCUUUUAAAUGGUUUUUAAAGCCAGUGACUUCUUUGCAUGUAUAGAUUAGUAUAUUAAAAUAAUGGAGCCAUAUAUAGAUGUUAUUAAUUCUAAUGUUAUAAUAAUUUGUAGAUAAUAAUUUGAUGAAUGUCAAGACAAAAUUACCUACUUUUAAAGGAAACAAGAUUUUAUGUAUAAAACUUAAACCUAAAACCAUUGAACUUGAA